AGAAGGGCGAGAGCCGAGAGGUGGUUCCUGGCAAUGGAGCCCUGGUGACUAGUUCAGCUGUUCUCCCAUGCAGCGAGGUCUAGGGGCAGCCGAGCGGAAAACCUCCUCUGCUCACAAGGCAUCUAGGAGAAAAGCCUAGCCACGCUGGGGGCAGAGAUGAUCCUGCGCGCUCCAGCUAAGAAUUGAGAGUAAACCCCUUACCCCAUACACACUCUCAUCACAGGGCAAACACUUUCCCAUGCACAUUGACCUGCAGCGUGCAAGCAAGCUUAGCCUGCUGCCAAGCGUUCUCCCGUGGUACUAAAGUUCAGUCCGCUUAGAGCCAUGGGGAAUGGGAUGAACAAGAUUCUGCCUGGCUUGUUCCUUGGCAACUUUAAAGAUGCUCGAGAUGCGGAGCAACUGAGCAAGAAUAAUGUUACACACAUUCUGUCAAUCCAUGACGGUGCUAGGCCUAUGCUUGAGGGAGUGAAAUAUCUGUGCAUUCCUGCUGCUGAUUCACCCUCACAGAAUUUGACAAGACAUUUCAAAGAGAGCAUCAAGUUUAUCCAUGAGUGCCGGCUUAGAGGUGAGGGCUGUCUUGUUCACUGUCUUGCUGGAGUCUCCAGGAGCGUAACUUUGGUAGUCGCUUACAUCAUGACAAUCACAGACUUUGGCUGGGAAGAUGCAUUGUCUAUUGUACGAGCAUCGAGAUCUUGUGCCAAUCCUAACAUGGGCUUCCAGAGGCAGCUACAGGAGUUUGAAAAACAUGAUGUUGACCAUUUCAGGCAGUGGCUGAAGGAAGAAUAUGGAGAAAAUUCUUUGCAGGAUGAGCAAGAAGCCAAAGUUCUUCUGAGUAAAUAUAAAGAGCAGGCAAUGAUGCAACCAGGUGCCGGAGGAAGACAGUGGAAUAAUAACUUUUCCUCACUGCCUUCCCUGUCAUACAACAACUACACAACAGAGACCUAAUCACUCCAGGCUGGAUUCACUUUCUUUUUUCCUUUGACCUGUUUAAAAACAGAUGUCACCAGUGUCCCCUCCACUCUCUACGGAAGUCAUGCGAGCUGUACCCUUGUGGAAAACUUAAUGAAAAUACUAUACCGUGUGUGUGUGUGUGUGUUUGACACAAUUUUACAGUUUUAUGUAACACCACUCUCUGUAAGCUUCUCUGCUGAGAGGCACCCCUUAUGUCAGAUUCUCACUGCCCUCAAACUCCACCCCCUUUAUAAUGUGUCUCUCUCUAAAACACACUCAUGUGCGCAUGAUAACUUUGUCUCCAAAGAAUGAGCUUCCAAAGUGUGUGAGCACUUUUGUAUUUUUUGCUGCGGGUUGCUGUUUGUGCUGCGGGUUGCUGUUUGACCUUAGCUACCUCAAAAAUGCUGUUCUUGUCACUAAGGUUGUAAAUGCAACUUUGAAAAUUGCCUCGAUUUUACACUUGAUGAAUGCAAAGUGUGUGUGUCAUAAAAAAAAUUAUUUGAGAGGUUUCUGGCUUUCAUUUAAAUUAUUCAUAGUUGUCACUAGUUUUAAUUAAAAAUUAAGAUUAAGUAGGAAGA